AAGCACCACUGGCUUAAUUAGUUCUGGCGGGGGCAUCGUCAUUAACUGCAAGUUAAUUGUGUUAGCGGGCUCAUACUAUAGCGCUUCCAGAGGUUUUGGUUUCGGUAAACAGUGCAUUUCCAUGGCAUUUCUUGAAAGAUGCCGGGGUAAGUGGCAUGACAAGAACAGUGCUGUGUUACAGAGCCUUCAUUGUUGCAGAGGGGCCUAGGGGUCACUUAUCCCCACGUCUUUGGUGAUCUCUGCUUCUUCUCUUGCUUCAUCAGCGGUGGGAGAGGCCCCAUCCCACCACUUAGACCAAACGUGCAUCAAUGGAAAUCAGAGGUUGUUGCUGUCUUGGAGGCUGCUAAAAGGCUUCUGAAGAACUUUCCUUGGAAGAUCAGCUUUUGACAUAUAGAUUCUCCUACUCCCUGGCUUCUUUGCCUGCUGAUCUCAUCCUGACAUACCAGAAGUGGGCUGUGUCUUCAUCGAUUCUUUGACUUCUACAAGAGACUAACAAGGCAUCAUCAUCUUUAUCAACAUCAUCAUCAUCAUCAUCGUUAUCAUUAUCCUUCCAACUACAACCCCCAGUACUGCUGCUGCUUAUGAAGUUGGGUCGGACCUGAACCCCUAAAAGCGGAACCGCCUCCCGCCCUCGCCAUCCCGGAGCUGAGUCGCCGGCGGCGGUGGCGGCUGCCAGACCCGGAGUUUCCUCUUUCACUGGAUGGAGCUGAACUUUGGGCGGCCAGAGCAGCACAGCUGUCCGGGGAUCGCUGCAUGCUGAGCUCCCUCGGCAAGACCCAGCGGCGGCUCGGGAUUUUUUUGGGGGGGCGGGGACCAGCCCCGCGCCGGCACCAUGUUCCUGGCGACCCUGUACUUCGCGCUGCCGCUCUUGGACUUGCUCCUGUCGGCCGAAGUGAGCGGCGGAGACCGCCUGGAUUGCGUGAAAGCCAGUGAUCAGUGCCUGAAGGAGCAGAGCUGCAGCACCAAGUACCGCACGCUAAGGCAGUGCGUGGCGGGCAAGGAGACCAACUUCAGCCUGGCAUCCGGCCUGGAGGCCAAGGAUGAGUGCCGCAGCGCCAUGGAGGCCCUGAAGCAGAAGUCGCUCUACAACUGCCGCUGCAAGCGGGGUAUGAAGAAGGAGAAGAACUGCCUGCGCAUUUACUGGAGCAUGUACCAGAGCCUGCAGGGAAAUGAUCUGCUGGAGGAUUCCCCAUAUGAACCAGUUAACAGCAGAUUGUCAGAUAUAUUCCGGGUGGUCCCAUUCAUAUCAGUGGAGCACAUUCCCAAAGGGAACAACUGCCUGGAUGCAGCGAAGGCCUGCAACCUCGACGACAUUUGCAAGAAGUACAGAUCGGCGUACAUCACCCCGUGCACCACCAGCGUGUCCAACGAUGUCUGCAACCGCCGCAAGUGUCACAAGGCCCUCCGGCAGUUCUUUGACAAGGUCCCGGCCAAGCACAGCUACGGAAUGCUCUUCUGCUCCUGCCGGGACAUCGCCUGCACAGAGCGGAGGCGACAGACCAUCGUGCCUGUGUGCUCCUAUGAAGAGAGGGAGAAGCCCAACUGUUUGAAUUUGCAGGACUCCUGCAAGACGAAUUACAUCUGCAGAUCUCGCCUUGCGGAUUUUUUUACCAACUGCCAGCCAGAGUCAAGGUCUGUCAGCAGCUGUCUAAAGGAAAACUACGCUGACUGCCUCCUCGCCUACUCAGGGCUUAUUGGCACAGUCAUGACCCCCAACUACAUAGACUCCAGUAGCCUCAGUGUGGCCCCAUGGUGUGACUGCAGCAACAGUGGGAACGACCUAGAAGAGUGCUUGAAAUUUUUGAAUUUCUUCAAGGACAAUACAUGUCUUAAAAAUGCAAUUCAAGCCUUUGGCAAUGGCUCCGAUGUGACCGUGUGGCAGCCAGCCUUCCCAGUACAGACCACCACUGCCACUACCACCACUGCCCUCCGGGUUAAGAACAAGCCCCUGGGGCCAGCAGGGUCUGAGAAUGAAAUUCCCACUCAUGUUUUGCCACCGUGUGCAAAUUUACAGGCACAGAAGCUGAAAUCCAAUGUGUCGGGCAAUACACACCUCUGUAUUUCCAAUGGUAAUUAUGAAAAAGAAGGGCUCGGUGCUUCCAGCCACAUAACCACAAAAUCAAUGGCUGCUCCUCCAAGCUGUGGUCUGAGCCCACUGCUGGUCCUGGUGGUAACCGCUCUGUCCACCCUAUUAUCUUUAUCUUUAACAGAAACAUCAUAGCUGCAUUAAAAAAAUACAAUAUGGACAUGUAAAAAGACAAAAACCAAGUUAUCUGUUUCCUGUUCUCUUGUAUAGCUGAAAUUCCAGUUUAGGAGCUCAGUUGAGAAACAGUUCCAUUCAACUGGAACAUUUUUUUUUUUCCUUUUAAGAAAGCUUCUUGUGAUCCUUCGGGGCUUCUGUGAAAAACCUGAUGCAGUGCUCCAUUCCAAACUCAGAAGGCUUUGGGAUAUGCUGUAUUUUAAAGGGACAGUUUGUAACUUGGGCUGUAAAGCAAACUGGGGCUGUGUUUUCGAUGAUGAUGAUGAUCAUGAUCAUGAUGAUUUUAACAGUUUUACUUCUGGCCUUUCCUAGCUAGAGAAGGAGUUAAUAUUUCUAAGGUAACUCCCAUAUCUCCUUUAAUAACAUUGAUUUCUAAUGAUAUAAAUUUCAGCCUACAUUGAUGCCAAGCUUUUUUGCCACAAAGAAGAUUCUUACCAAGAGUGGGCUUUGUGGAAACAACUGGUACUGAUGUUCACCUUUAUAUAUGUACUAGCAUUUUCCACGCUGAUGUUUAUGUACUGUAAACAGUUCUGCACUCUUGUACAAAAGAAAAAACACCUGUCACAUCCAAAUAUAGUAUCUUUUAGUCAAAAUAGAGAGUGGGGAAUGAGUGUGCCGAUUCAAUACCUCAAUCCCUGAACGACACUCUCCUAAUCCUAAGCCUUACCUGAGUGAGAAGCCCUUUACCUAACAAAAGUCCAAUAUAGCUGAAAUGUCGCUCUAAUACUCUUUACACAUAUGAGGUUAUAUGUAGAAAAAAAUUUUACUUACUAAAUGAUUUCAACUAUUGGCUUUCUAUAUUUUGAAAGUAAUGAUAUUGUCUCUUUUUUUUACUGAUGGUUUAAUACAAAAUACACAGAGCUUGUUUCCCCUCAUAAGUAGUGUUUGCUCUGAUAUGAACUUCACAAAUACAGCUCGUCAAAAGCAGACUCUGAGAAGCCUCGUGCUGUAGCAGAAAGUUCUGCAUCAUGUGACUGUGGACAGGCAGGAGGAAACAGAACAGACAAGCAUUGUCUUUUGUCAUUGCUCGAAGUGCAAGCGUGCAUACCUGUGGAGGGAACUGGUGGCUGCUUGUAAAUGUUCUGCGGCAUCUCUUGACACUCUUGUCAUGACACAAUCCAGUACCUUGGUUUUCAGGUUAUCUGACAAAGGCAGCUUUGAUUGGGACAUGGAGGUAUGGGCAGAUUGUCCUUUCUUUGGAAGCACAUCCAUGCUGGGAUGCACAGUUCUUUUCCUAAGGAUUGUGUUUACUCCUGACUGCAAUGUCUUGGCCACUGUUUGGAGCAGUUUGGUCUGAAGGUCAUUAAGGAUCUACUUGCAUCUUGUUUCAUGUCCUCCGUGACAGACUGCAGACCAUGUUAGAAGAGAAGGAAGGUUUGUGGAUCAAGAGGGUUGACAUUAGGUUUGGUGAGAUGAGUUGGUUGGCACAGAUCAGCAGAACAGGACCCUGGUGAUAAGGCAUCUGGCUUUGCUAACCACAUAUCAUCUUCCAUUAUUCUCUUUCUUAACUAAGUAGACCCGAAAGUGCACUUUCGAAGUCUGGUUUAGAUGGGGAGAUUCCGAAUCUACAAUGAUCGAGUACUGGUGGCCACUUUUCUCCAACAUUAAGUAAAGAGGAGGAGAUUCCACCUUGAGAAAGUGCUGGGAAGCAUUGGCUUUCUUCCCACAUUGGUAGAAGAGAUGGAGGAGGAAACCAGGGUGCACAUUUCUACAGAUCCCCUUUGCCUGCUGCUGUUUGCCUUGUAAGAUAAGUCACUGGGGGGAAGGGGAAAUCUAUGAAAUCCAAGAUAAAGGCAUAGUCUUUCAGCUCUAUUGGUGUUCAAAGUAUAUUUGUGUCCAAAUGUUAAUCAACACAAAUGUACAGUACUGACAUUUUUCACUUCAAAAUGUUUUCAAGGGAAAUUCAGCAGACACCCAACUGUAUUUAAUUAGUGAAAAGAUCUAUAAAGACUCUUACUUUGAAUAAACACAUUAAGUGUGUCAAAAUAUUU